CUUCUUCAUCACUUCUCCCAAUCGACUCUCCUCUCUUUGGAGCAAUUUGAUCCAUCGAUCAAGCUUCAUAAGUUGACUAGUUGUAGUGGUGGUCCUGAAAAUCGGAUUUCAUAGCAUCAGAGGUUACCACAACGAGAUUCGGAAUUUGAUAAAGUCACGUCUGGAAUUAGAAAAAGCUUGUUCGGGAGGCCCUGGUUUGCAUUUGCUAUAUAAAAGAAGAAGCAUCUCGGGGGGGGGUUUUGGUGUUUAAGUUUAUCAGGGUGAAUUUGUUUUACAGCUGACGUCCGGCUGGGCUCUCCCAAAGUAACGGGGGAUAUCACCAGAUGAGGAAAAGACGAUUAUGCCCUCCGUUCCCACCGCAUCGCCUUCUUUUCUAUCUAUCUAUCAAUCAAUCUCGCUCUUCUGAAGCGAGAAGCUUCUACAGUGAUGUCGUGGCGAACUCCAGCACCUGUUAGUGCCCUGUUACAUUGAUUUUCGAGCGAGCUCAACUCGUUUCAUUUCUCUUCGUUCGUGCAAACCUAAGUCUCUAGGGGUACCCACUCAGAUCGAGGACUUGAUCGUUGAGGGUUUUGCAUCAACCACAACCACACAUUUGAGACCGCAAUUUCCGUCAGUAAUGUUUAGAAGCCACAAUGUUGCUAGCAGAAUCUUCCACCGCCAGAUGUCAUCUCCUCCUCCCGGCACUGCUGUUCAUCACGCUAGGCGAUUUUACGAGAAUCUAGUGCCGAAUUUCACCCUAUAUGAAGUUGAGUGCCCGGAGCAUCUGUUCCGGAAAUUCACUGAUGAUGGGCAGUACCUCAUAUGUUUCUGUAGAAAUUAUCAGAGAGUGAUUGUUUACAGACCUAGCUGGCUUUCGUAUUCGUGCAGAGGAGAGUGCAACUGUAGUGAUCUUCCUCCGAAAGCCAGGAGGUUUGAGAGCUUCUUUACUCAACUCUACAGUGUGUCGCUCACUUCUAGUAAUGAGCUUAUAUGCAAGGACUUCUUUCUCUACAUGGAGAGUAACCACUACGGGCUCUUUGCUACUUCCACUGCUCAAAUUCACGAUGCGACGCCCCUCGGAGGGGCUGUAGUGAGUGUCCCAUCCAUAGAGAAGAUAACCUUUCACCUCUUGAGACUGGACGAUGGAGUUGUACUGGAUCAGAGGUCAUUUCACAAUGAUUUUAUUAACCUCGCACACAAUUCGGGCGCCUUUUUGUAUGAUGAUUUACUUGCGAUUGUGUCCCUUCGCUAUCAAACACUCCACAUUCUGCAAAUCAGAGACUCUGGAAACCUCGUUGAUGUACGAGCAAUUGGGACAUAUUGUCGUGAAGAUGAUGAGCUUUUUCUCAACUCACAUGUGCAGAAUAUUCAGGAUACAACAGUUGCUUGUUUUCAUAGUGGCCUCAAACAACGGUUGCUUUCUUUCAUAUUUAGAGGAAUGUGGAAUGAAGAAACAGAUUCAACAUUGAGGGUCCAAAGCCUGAAGAAGAAGUUCUAUUUCCAUUUCCAAGACUAUGUUGACUUGAUUAUCUGGAAGGUACAAUUCUUGGACCGGCACCACCUGCUAAUAAAGUUUGGUAGUGUAGAGGGAGUGAUAUCACGCAAUACUGAUCUCCACCCAGCCUUUUUUGCGGUAUAUAACAUGGAGACAACUGAAAUUAUAGCUUUUUAUCAGAAUUCAGCAGAUGAGCUCUAUCUCUUAUUUGAGCAGUUCUAUGAUCAUUUCCAUGCAACAUCAAGAAAUUCAUAUGCAAUGAAAUUCUUGUCAUCUCACUCGAAUAACACACAUGCUCGGGAGCAACUGAGAUGUGUCAAAAAUAAAGCAAGUAGUUCUUUGCAGUUUGUGAAGAAGAUGCUAGCCUCAUUACCUCUUAAUUGUCAAUCCCAGAGCCCUUCUCCCUACUUUGACCAAUCUCUUUUUCGAUUUGAUGAAAAGUUAAUUUCGGCAACUGAUCGGCAUAGGCAGUCAACAGAUCAUCCUAUCAAGUUCAUCUUAAGAAGGCAACCGUAUGCCCUCAAAUUUAAGAUUAAACCAGGUCCAGAAUCUGGUAGCAUAGACAGCCGGACAAAAAAGAUUUCGUCAUUCCUCUUUCAUCCAUUUUUGCCUCUCGCCGUCUCCAUUCAACAGACUUUAUACUUGCAGCCAGCUGUUGUGAAUAUUCACUUCCGGAAAUAAAUAUAUUCAUGCCGUUAUUUUCUUUGUUACCAACAACCAGUCGUCCUAGAAUUGAACUCGAGAGAUCCAACUCUUAAAGGGGAGAGACUCUAGAUCAAAAGGUCAUGUCAAGCCUAUCCCUUGCUCCUUCAUGAGCAGCCUUAUGUAAAAUUUAUGUAAUUAAAUAGAGAUAAUUGUAUAUUCAAUAUUUUGGAUCUGAAUCUGUACAAUAUGUGAUUACUGGUAAGUUGUAACAUUUAAAUUUCCAUAAAAGUGACUAGAUAAGUAGA